AUGGCAGACCCCACGUCACCCUCCGGGACACCGCUGUGCUCUCCCAACGCCUCCCUCACCCUCCCCUUCCCCUUCCUCAGGGAGGGGAGUCGGGUAUGGGAGGAGGGAAAGGAGCAGCCACUGCCGAGGGAGCUGCCGAGUCCUCUGCCGACCAAACGCAACCGAACCUACUCAGCCACGGUGCGAGCUCAAUCCAGCCCGCUCUUUAAAGGUGUCUGUAAGAACUUCUGCAGGUCGCAGGGUCACGGUUUUAUCAGACCGUCACAUGGAGGAGACGACAUCUUUGUUCACAUCUCAGACAUCGAGGGCGAGUACGUCCCGGUGGAGGGUGAUGAGGUCACGUAUAAAGUCAGCCGAGUCCCUCCAAAGAACCUGAAGGUUCAGGCGGUGGAGGUGAAGAUCACACAUCUGAACCCAGGAAGCAAACAUGAGACGUGGUCGGGUCAGAUCAUCAGCUCGUAGGGGUCAGGGUCUGCGGGGGGGGGGGGGGG